AUGGCUCAACAAGAACUGUUACAAUAUGUCAAUAGUUAUAACUCAUCUUGCCAGUUUCAUCUAGCAGAUACUUUCAAUCUUAUUCUUUUCGCACCUUGUGGUGGUAGUCUAACGCCGACUGAUAUGCUCGAUCGAACACAAGGAGGUUGUCGUCGUCCAGGACCAUAUUGCACAUAUACGUACAACGAUACAUGUCUUGAUGGUGAUCCUUGUGAAACAACGAUAGUUCAAGAUACUCUUAGCGAUCAAUUUAUGGAGAAUGUCGCUGCAGCAUUGAAUAACACAUAUGGUUUAGAACCAUUCGUUGUCAUUGGCAAAUGGCAUCGAAAAAAGGUUGACUCCAAUCGAGAAAUCAAUCAAGCAACACUCAACUAUCCUAAAACUAUUACUGCUUAUCAAAGUUACCACACAAAUCUUCAAUAUGCCAUGGAUCAAGUAAAACAACUACAUGACAAAGGUCUUCUUGUUGAUAUGCAUGGUCACGGUGAAGAAAACUAUACAAUGAUUGAAUACCUUUUAGAUGGUUAUGAACUCCAUAGAGAUGAUCUUUAA